AGAUACCCAGCAUACAUGCCCAUUCUUCAGAGGGCACUAGAACUCUGGUUCCAUGACCCGGCCUGUACAACACCGAUCCUUAAGCUUAUGGCAGAACUAGUACACAACAGAUCACAGAGGUUACAGUUUGAUGUUUCCUCACCGAAUGGCAUCCUCCUAUUCCGAGAGACCAGUAAAAUGAUCACACGACGUAUGGUAACCGAAUCCUGACCCUGGGUGAGCUCCCCAAGGAGCAGCUCUAUGUUCUGAAGUUGAAGGGAAUCUCUAUAUGUUUCUCGGUGCUAAAAGCCGCUCUCAGUGGCAGCUAUGUCAACUUUGGGGUCUUCCGGCUGUAUGGCGAUGAAGCUCUGGAUAAUGCUUUGCAGACGUUUGUCAAACUGCUGCUGUCUGUGCCACACAGUGAUCUGCUGGAUUACCCCAAGCUCAGUCAGUCAUAUUACUCACUGCUGGAGGUGCUGACUCAGGAUCACAUGUCUUUCAUUGCCAGCCUGGAGCCUCAUGUAAUCAUGUACAUUCUCUCCUCUAUCUCUGAGGGGCUCACAGCUCUGGACACCAUGGUGUGCACGGGCUGCUGCUCCUGCCUGGACCACAUAGUCACAUACCUCUUCAAGCAACUUUCCCGUAGUAGUAAGAAAAGGGGAGCCCCUCCCCCGCAGGAGAGUGAACGCUUCCUGCACAUAAUGCAGCAGCACCCGGAGAUGAUCCAACAGAUGCUUUCCACUGUUCUCAAUAUCAUAAUAUUUGAAGACUGCCGAAACCAGUGGUCGAUGAGCAGGCCGUUACUAGGCUUAAUUCUCCUCAAUGAGAAGUACUUUGCAGAGCUCCGGAACAGCAUCGUCAGCAGUCAGCCUCCAGAGAAGCAGCAAGCUAUGCACUUGUGCUUUGAGAACUUAAUGGAAGGAAUUGAGGGGAACCUACUCACCAAAAACAGAGACAGGUUUACGCAGAACCUUUCAGCCUUCCGACGAGAAGUCAACGACUCAAUGAAAAACUCAAGCUGCGGCCCCAACAGUAACGAGAUGAUGAGCUGA